GUGAAAAAUAAGAAAAAAAGAAGAGUCGGUUACAAAUAACAAAAACGAAAGUUAAAUUGCAGCGGAAAGCCAAAUAACAAAUCAUAAAUAAACCUUAAAAUAGCGCAAAAUUUGAAGCAUAUGCGUGGAGGAGUUGUUGCUCCGCCCAAGAAAACGGAAGCGUCAGAGAACAAAUAAAAGCUGAAAUUGAACUGAACAUAAAGAAUGUCCUACAAGGCAGAACGCGCUUUAUCUUUCUUUUAUCCCUUGGUUGUUGGAUCUUCGGUUGUAUGCUGCAUAACAUCAGCGGUUUUAUGGUCUCAUUGGCGCUACGUUUUGAACGCUUGCCCCGAGACCAAUUGUGGAUGCUUCCUCCAUGCUCGUUCCACAUACACUUCGUUUGAAGGCGGUCAUAUCGCUUAUUGUCAUUAUUCGACAUAUGGUUUACUUCUGCCACUGUUUUUCUCAAUAAUCUUGUGCAUUUACCACGUAUACCGCGUGUGCUUGGGUACAGCGAAAACAAAAUCUGGUACUGCGACAAUUAGACAGCGCUCUGGCGACGUAGUUGUAGUAACUACUGAAUCGGAAGUUACAGACAACGACAUCUCUCCAUAUUAUUGGCUUCCUGUUACUAUUACAGCCAGUGUUAAUUUUGUGUACACAUUAAUCUACGCUUCAAUCUUUACUGAUGGCUUUGAAGUAACUUGUAAACAGUAUCGGGAGACUUUACUUAAAGAAAUACAAGGUGUGGGAAAUAUUGUGCCGGUCAUUAAAAGUCGUCUAUCCUGUUCGGCCAUAUUCGAUUUCAUGGAUUAUUUGGUAGAAAGCAUCUCUUAUGAAAGGCGAAAAUACGGUCGUAUUAAUAGUUCAGUAUGUUUUUAUAUGUGCUUGAUAUGUGCUUGGAUAGCCGUAAUUGCUUGGUUCUCUAUCUGUCUUAUAAACAUUAUACAGACGCGGAGAACUAAACCGGCUAGAAUUUAGUAAAUUUCUAAAUACUUUGAAGAACAUAUAUAUAUUAU